GCCGCUCGUCCCAGCCUGUAGCCGUCCUGGGGACACAGAGCCCUCCGUGGUGCCUGGGGCUUGGAUUGGAGCCAGGACCUCACUUCCUCCUCUGCCCCUGUCCCUGCCCCUCCCAGCACCUGGCCCACACCCUGCAGCCCACCCCAUGGUCUGGUCCUGGGUGGCGAUGGCGUCCAGGUGGGGUCCCCUCGUCGGCCUGGCUCCGCGCUGCCUCUGGCUCCUGGGGGCGGUACUCCUGAUGGAUGCGUCAGCACGGCCUGCCAACCACUCGUCCACUCGAGAGAGAGCGGCCAACAGGGAGGAGAACGAGAUCCUGCCCCCGGACCACCUGAACGGGGUGAAGCUGGAGAUGGACGGGCACCUCAAUCGGGGCUUCCACCAGGAGGUCUUCCUAGGCAAGGACCUGGGGGGCUUUGAUGAGGACGUGGAGCCGCGGCGGAGCCGGAGGAAGCUGAUGGUCAUCUUCUCCAAGGUGGACGUGAACACCGACCGGAAGAUCAGUGCCAAGGAGAUGCAGCGCUGGAUCAUGGAGAAGACGGCCGAGCACUUCCAGGAGGCCAUGGAGGAGAGCAAGACACACUUCCGUGCCGUGGACCCCGAUGGGGACGGCCACGUGUCAUGGGACGAGUAUAAGGUGAAGUUUUUGGCGAGUAAAGGCCAUAGCGAGAAGGAGGUUGCCGACGCCAUCAGGCUCAACGAGGAGCUCAAAGUGGAUGAGGAAACACAGGAAGUCCUGGAGAACCUGAAGGACCGCUGGUACCAGGCAGACAGCCCCCCCGCGGACCUGCUGCUGACAGAGGAGGAGUUCCUGUCGUUCCUCCACCCCGAGCACAGCCGGGGGAUGCUCAGGUUCAUGGUGAAGGAGAUCGUCCGGGACCUGGGUGAGGCUGGGUCCAGCCUGGCUGGCGCGCCAGGGCCCGGGGACCAACGGCAGGGGCCGGGCAUCGCCGAGAAGUCGGGUAAGGUCCUGUGGGAGCCCCAGCCUGGGUGUGGGCUGAUCCAUUCCCGUCUCACAGACCAGGACGGUGACAAGCAGCUGUCUCUGCCGGAGUUCGUCUCCCUGCCCGUGGGCACCGUGGAGAACCAGCAGGGCCAGGACAUUGACGACAACUGGGUGAAAGACAGAAAAAAGGAGUUUGAGGAGCUCAUUGACUCCAACCACGACGGCAUCGUGACGGCAGAGGAGCUGGAGAGCUACAUGGACCCCAUGAACGAGUACAACGCCCUGAACGAGGCCAAGCAGAUGAUCGCGGUCGCCGACGAGAACCAGAACCACCACCUGGAGCCCGAGGAGGUGCUCAAGUACAGCGAGUUCUUCACCGGCAGCAAGCUGGUGGACUACGCGCGCAGCGUGCACGAGGAGUUCUGA